AUGCUUAUUGUUUAUUAUGGCAUUCGAAUAUUUCAUUUAAUUAUUUUAAUUCUUUUAUUUAAAUAUGGUAUUACAAUAAGUUCAUUGUCUGAUUUAACAUUACCAACAAAUUUAUGUACAACUAUAUUAAUACAAAAUAAAUCAUUUGGUGUUAUACAUAGUUUAAAUUUUUAUUCUGGUCAAUCUCAACCACCAAAUAUAUCAUGUUCAUGGAUAAUAAAUAAUUCUCAAAUAUCAAAAUUGUCAAAGUAUAUACUUUCAUUACGUGUUAUUGAAUUAGAAAAUGAUCCAACACAUUGGUCAAAUGAAUUAACAUUUUGGACAGGUAGUAGACAAAUAUCAAUUGAUGAUAUUAAUAAACGAACAUAUGUUAUAUCAACAUCAUCACCAUCAAUACAAAUAUAUUUUCGUACAAAACCACCAUUAUUACAAACAUUUAAUCCACAUAUACGUACUAAUUUACGUAUACGUCGUUUUUUAAUUGAAUUUAUUCAUUUUAAUAAUGAUUUAAUAACAAAUACAAGUGAAAAUUAUUUUCGUUGUUUAUCAAGUAAAAUAUUUAUACCUAAACAAUGGAAAUGUAAUUGUAUACUUGAAUGUUCAUAUGAAGAUUAUAGUGAUGAAGAUAAUUGUCCAUUAUGUCCAGUGUAUGAACCAUCAAAUAGUUUAUUAUGUCAAUCAAAUGAAAUUUGGUGUUUACCACAUGAAUCGAAAUCUUUUAGUGAUAAUUUAAUUGAAGUAGAUUAUGAUGAAGAUAAUUGGAUGUUAUCUCAUAUAAAUUAUAGUCGAAAAAUUGAUCCAAAAGGAGUUUGUAUUCCACAUGGUGAACAUCAACAAUGUUCAUAUUCAACGAAUACAUCAAAUUGUGAAAGAAUUCUUGCAUGGAGACAAGAUCAUGGUCAAAUUUUACUUAAUAAUUUAAUUCUUGAUAAUUAUCAAUCCUUAUGUUUUAUUAUAAUUGCAAAAGAAGAAUAUAAAAUAAAAUUAUUUAUAAAUCAAUAUCAAUUUAUUGAACAACGACCUGAUCUUGAAUUAAUUAUUUAUGAUGGAAGUGAACAACAAAAUAAAAUUCUUUUGUCAUCAAAUUGGUUAUUAAAUAAAGAAAUUAUUCAAACACGUCAACAUCAUAUAGCAACAAUUAUUAUUCGAAAACGUUCUAUUCAAUCAAUAUCAAUAAUAACUGAUCCACAUAAUGAUGAUGAUGAUGUUGUAGGAUAUUUAGACACAAAAAAAAGUAUACAACGACGUGAUACAAAUUUAGUUCUAUUAAAUAUAACAUGGUUAACAAGUAUUUGUCCAGAUGAUCAAAAGUUAUGUGGUGGUCAUUUUGAAACAAAAUGUUAUACAAAACAACAGCGAUGUGAUGGUAUUUGGGAUUGUAUUAGUGGUGAUGAUGAACUUGGUUGUUCACCAGAAUCAUGUCCAACAACAUUUGCAUGUAAUGAUCAUUUACGUUUACCAUCAGAUCAACCACGAUGUUUUACAUGGUCAGAACGUUGUAAUGGAAAUGCAUUUUGUGCUAAUCGCACUGAUGAAAAAUUCUGUUCGAAUUGGUGGUGUAAUUCAAAUAAUGGAACAUUUUUAUGUAAAAAUUUAAAUUGUAUUUAUGAAACAUGGGUUUGUGAUGGUACUGAUGAUUGUGGUGAUCAUUCUGAUGAAAUCAAAUGUCCAGUACGCAUACCUCGUCGUAUUGUAACAGCUGCAGUUAUUGGUGCCACUGUUUGUUCAACAUUAUUUAUCAUUGCACUUGGUUGUACAUGUAAAUUAUUUCAUUUACGUACAGCUGAACGACGUGCUACAUCUCGUUUACUUAAUCCUCAACGUUUUAUUGAACAACGUCGUCAAGAAAUUCAACGUGAACAAGAACGACGUUUAAAUCGACAAAAUAUAUCAACAUCAACAACAACAACAGAUAUAUCAAAUGAAACAAGACGAAUAGCACCACCAUCUUAUAAUCAAACAAUGGGUCUUAUGGAUGAAAAUGAAGAACGACAAGCAGCUCUUGCUGAACAUUUAAGACUUGCAGGUUUAGCUAAUUAUAUUACAUUACCACUUGCACCUGGUAAUCCAAGAACAACAUCAAGAUCAACGUCAAGACAUCGAAAUAGAAGACAUCGAAGACAUCGUCACCAUCAUCAUCAUCGACGAACACAUAGUGAAGGUUCACGUGUAGCUUUACUUGAACCAAAUCUUGUUAUUCCUAAUAAUGCCUUUCCUUUACCGUCCACAUCAUUAUCUUCAAAUCGUUUUAAUCGUUUUCGUGCUCAACUUUAUUCUUUAUUUACAACUAAUCGUAUAAAUUCAAAUACUAAUAAUAAUCAUAACAGUAUUCAAAAUAAUUCUCUAUCAAAUCAAUUUGAUAUAUAUGAACAUCAUAAUCUAUCAAAUACAAUUCAACCAAUUAUUCUUAAUACACGUUCAUAUUUAAAUUCAGAUUUUAUUCAAUCACGUGAACUUCCACCACCAUAUGUUGAAGAACAAUUAGCAUUAGUCAAUCCUACAAUAAAUUCAAUAUCAACGACAAUGACAAAUAGUCGCCGUAAUAGUAGUGGCGGUAGUGAUAUGGAAUCAACAAAUUCUAUGUCAUCAUCAUCGUAUCGUAUACGUAAACGACAAAUUCCAAUAAAUACAUUACGCGAUCGUAUGAGACAAUUUAUAUCAAAUUCAACAGUGCGAAUAACAACAGAUGAUGUAAAUCAUUCAAUACAACCAACUACAACAACAUUAGAUAUGAAUUUUGAUGAACAACCACCUGUUGCAUCUAUUGAUGAUGAUGAUGAACAACCAACUAGUGAUGAUCAUAAAAUGUUAACGCCUUAA